AUGGUCAGAUUCUUCUACAUUUGCAUUAAUUGUUUGGGAAAUGUAUAUGUAGAUUGGACCUUGUUUUUUACAAGUUGCCGGCAUUUUAAAAUCAUUAUCUGUAUUGGGAAUUGCGUUAAAAAUAGACUCAAUUGGUUCUGGGGUUGUAAAAUUUCUUUUUCUCUUUCCACUAAAACAAAUCAUACGAAUUCCAAAAGCUUCCUUAUUUCCUUCAUCGUUAACAUACUCCCCAUUUUGGUUUCUCGUCAUUGGCUUUAUGACUAUUCGAAGUGUUCGAGUAGUUCCAGUUGCUUCUUCAAUUAA